AUUAAGAUCCGAAAUCUGUUAAUUAAUCAUGUAUUUCAAUUUUUGUUAGUAUCCAUUAUAUUCUUCAAAUAUAGUAUUUUUUUAAAAAAAUGUUUUCAAAUAUAUAUUGUUGACGUUGCUAAAGGAAAAAUUUCGUUCUUAGAAAUGUCUAAUCUUCACACGAAAACUGCACUAACGGAGUUUACUCCGUUAAGCCCCGAAGAAGAACAUUCAUCAGUCAGUUCUUUUUUUGCAAAAGUCUUUAGUUUUAAAUCAAGUACAACAGAGAAUGAAGAGAUUAAAAACGAAAACCCAGUCAAUCAUCCCGUCAUCGAUAAUAAUGAACAAAUUGAAAAAGAUAAUACUACACAAGCCUUAAUGACCAUAGAUGCUAGAAAUUUACCUAACUUACUCAAAAGAGUUGGCAGUUUAUUACCAGUUUAUUCUGGCGAUUAUAAUCCUUCAUAUAAAAAUACAGAUUUGAAACAAUAUUGGAUGCCCGAUUCGGUAAGUAAAGAAUGUUACGACUGUUGUGAGAAAUUUACAACCUUUCGUCGUCGUCACCAUUGUCGUGUUUGUGGUCAGAUAUUUUGCUCUAAAUGUUGUUACCAAGAAAUACCAGGCAAAAUAAUGGGAUACUCGGGCGAUCUUAGGGUUUGUUCAUAUUGUAGCAAAGUGGUAUUAUCGUAUUUACAGUCUGCACCUGAUGGUGUGGUACUUUCCCCAGAUUUAGUAGCAUUAAGAAAUGAAUUGCAGUCAAAAUUUGGCUUCAGUGAUGUUAUAAAAAAUACGAGUACUAGUUUAAAAUACGUCGAAAAUACUACAGAACCGUCUAAAUCUCCUAGUAGAAAAAUAUCUGUUGGAUAUCAAGAAGAAAACUUUGCUCUAUCAAGAUCGAAUACAUUAAAUAAUUUGUCUCCUAUUGCGUCUGCAGAAGAUCCCUACGCUGCUUGUAAUUUGAUCAGUUUAUUUGAAGAAAUGACUAAAAUCAAUUGUGGAUUAAAUCUUAAAACUCAUCGAUAUCGUCUAAGAAAUUAUCAUUCAUGUUUUCUCGGACAUAAUCUUAUCGAUUGGUUGUUGAGUCAUGGAAAGGUGACGAGCCGAAUGCACGGUACAGCAAUUGGUCAAGUGCUUUUAGAUGCCGGAUAUAUAGAAGACGUCAUGGAAAAUCAAGGAGACUUUCUUGAUGGACAUUCUUUGUACAGGUUUUGUUCUGUACUACCAAAUUAUUCCAAUACAAACUUAAAAAACACUAGUGUCACACCAAAGAUUUAUGAAAAACAAAAUUCAAAUGUUUCUAACGGAAGCUUUAAACUCGACUUAGAUCUACAUAAUAAUACUGUUCAAAUAUCGAAACCAAGUUCUCAAAAAAUGAAACAAAGUUUAGCUGCCGAGUCACGUCCAGUAGAUAUAUUGAUCCAAAAGCUUUUAGCUGACAUAACAAAAACAUAUAAUGUUACAAAUUUUGGAGCCAUGAAAAAUUGGAGUGCUCCUAAACAUUUAAGUGAUGAAAAUAAUGAAACGAAAGUAUUCAACGAUUUAAUGGAUAUUUUCGAAAAUCAUAAAACAAAAUUUGUUAUACAAUCAUUAAAAAAAAAUGGACUCUCUGAAAAUUGGGUCGAUACUUUGAUACCUUUGGCUAAUUUGGUUGUCAACGAAGUGUCUCCAGAUCUAUCUGCUAAUUCUGAAAAUAUGAAUAUUUGCGAGUAUGUACAGGUCAAAAAAUUAGAAGGAGGUGAAAGUAGCGAUAGUUGCAUUGUUAGCGGUAUUGUGUGUUCCAAAAAUAUUUCAAAUAAGGCUAUGGCGUCAAGGAUUUCUGGUCCUAAAAUUUUAUUACUUCAAUGUUCAAUUAUUUAUCAGAGAGUCGAAGGAAAAUUAUUAUCCUUAGAACCAGUUAUAAUGCAAGAACAUGAUUACUUUAAAAAUAUUGUAUGCCGGAUUGUGUCGAUGAAACCAGAUUUAGUUCUAGUACAAAAAAGUGUUUCGCGAAUCGCACAAGAACUUUUUAAUCAAAUGGGAGUAACGCUUGUAUUAAAUGUCAAAACAUCCAUUUUAGAGCGUAUUGCCAGAUGUACCGGUGCUGAAAUACUAACUUCAGUCGACGCACACAUGGGGAAACCGGUGUUAGGCACUUGUCAACAAUUUUAUGUGGAACAUUUUGGUGUAAAAUCACUUAUGUUUUUUGAAGGCUGUCCCGUACCAGAACUUGGUUGUUCAGUUUUACUCCGAGGAAGUUCUGUUAAACAGUUAAAAAAAUUAAAAAUUAUCCUCAAACAACUAAUACUGAUGAUUUACAAUUGGAAAUUUGAAAAAUCGUAUAUCAUGGACCAGUUUGCCACUCCACAAAUAAGUAAUGAACAAUUAAAUAGUUCAAAUAGUGAACAACCGACAUCAAAAUUAUUAAAUGAGAGUUUGAGUAUUGACAGCUCAGAUAUAAGUACUCAUUUAGACGUAUCGGAUGUAAAUAGUUCAGAAAUAUUAUCCGACACUAACAAAAACGAAAUCAAUUUGUUUCAACAGAUGUUAGAUAAUUCACUUCUUACAUUAUCACCACUUGUUAACUUUACAGUACCGUACUUGGAAUCAGACGUUGGAAAACUGUGUAAAUUAAGAAAAUAUUUUUCAAAACAAAUAUAUGUGUCAAAAAUGCUGAAUAAUAUGAAAUCAACAGACUAUAUUAAACAACAAGAAAAAAUUGAAUCUGAAAUUAAUCUAAAACCUAAACACAAUUUUAUAACAUCUAAACUCACCGAAGACAUUAGCAGUAACAAAGUACAAACCAUGUUAGCUUUGUUUCGUGCUCAAGGUGGCCGUGUACAAAUUACCUCGUCAAAAAAGUCAUUGAUAAAACCUAAAAAAUCCGUUACGAAAAAAGAUAAACUAAUUGAUGUUUUUGAUUCCGUCAACCACCAAAGAUUGCCUAUGAUGUUCUAUAGCUUUUGUCAGGAGUCAAACAAUGCUCCAUCGUUUUGCGUAGAGCCUAGGUUUGUAUUUAUGGAGUUUUACGGAAUUAACGACAUAUGUUUAGGCAAAUUUUUAGAAAGAUAUUGUUUUCGUGACACUUAUGAAUGUCCUUCCGAAUCGUGUGACAGUCCGAUGGUUUUGCAUGAACGUCGCUUUAUACAUGACAAAGGCUGUGUUCGAUUAAUUCUAUCUAAGAUUAAAGGACGUUUGAUUGAACCUCCAUAUAACGAAAAUUUAAUUUACACCUGGUCAUAUUGUAAAAAAUGUAUGCUGAUAUCUCCCGUGGUACCAAUUUCCAAUGAUACUUGGUCCAUGUCGUUUGCCAAAUACUUGGAGUUAAAGUUUCACUUUCAGCCUUCUUUGUGUCGAGCACUACAACAUUGCACUCAUUGUCUUAACCGUGAUUUUAUACAAUUUUUUGUUUACAAUAAAACAAUAGCAUCUUUUGAAUAUUCGGACAUUAAACUGUGGGAAAUUAAGUUACCGAGUCUGAAAUUGAAAAUAGUAUCCAUGAAAGUAAGUAGCUAUCGGCCAGAUGUAUUGGAAGAAGUUAAGCAAUGGGCGUUGAUGGGACAUGAAGUGUUCAAUGCGGUUAUGACAAAAAUUUGUUCUUUGUCUUCAGAAAACAGCGCCAAUUUUUUGCCGUUAAAACAACAGUUACAAAAGGACCAAGGGACAUUUAAGCAACGAGUUGAUGACAUUCAACUGAAAAUAACAUCUCCAUCAUUAAUCGACAAAGAUUCAAACUAUGCCACAAUAUUAAGUACAAUGUGGCGGUUGGACGAUUCGAUAGUACUAUUGAAAAAAGCCGUGUGCGAAGCAAUUUUAAAUUGGAAUUCUAGGUUGUUGAAAAUAGAUGCAGCUAUUAAAAAAGAAGAUAAAUCGCAGAGAAAGAGUGAAACAAAGUCAUCAAACAUGUCUGAUAUUUUAGAAGAGGUAAUGAACUUUGAGAAUGCCACUUCUCAGUUAUGUGUUGACGUCGAAGAAUAUGGAGUUGCAUGUCAUACCAGUCAACAGUCAUUAGCGUCAGAGUCGGAAAUAGCUGCCGACCAUGAUUUCGACAAUAUUCAAGAUGGGGAUACCAUUCGUGGCGACAAAUGCUUUUUGUCUGUACCACAAGCACAAAGUGAUAUUACUACCGAUAGUGACAGUGACGCUGUCGAUGAUUAUGAUAAUAAUCUACACAACGAACCCAAGUCACAGUCGUCCAUGUCACAAUCUGAUAAGAAAAGCGUGAAAACCAUUCUUUCUCAGUUUUUACCGUCGUCUGCUCCGCCUACCAUUAUACCAAAUCCAGUAGAAUGUACAGAACAUCAUGUUUUAAAUAUCAACUGUCGCAUACCAAUUUCUGUUUAUGAAAAAGAACCUAGUUCGAUUAUUGCUUUUACUCUGAGCACAACGUUGUAUCAAGAAAGUUUAUCUAAUUCUGAAUCAAUAUCAAAUUUUGAACAAAUCGAGCAAGACAAUAUUGAUCAGAAAGAAAUUGAUGAUAAAUCAAAAAACAAACACCAUAUAGAGUUAAGUUUUUCUGAUUCUACGACAAAUUUUUUUGUCAAAGUGUAUUUUGCUAAAGAAUUUGCAAAAUUAAGAAGUACAUUUUUUGUAUCCGGAGAAGAAAUGUACAUUCGUUCACUAGCAAGGUGUAUUUCUUGGUCGGCAAGAGGUGGCAAAUCAGGUUCCAACUUUUGUAAAACAAAAGACGACAGAUUUGUGUUGAAAGAAAUGUCUCGCUUGGAAAUUCAACCUUUUUUGGAAUUUGCACCGCAGUAUUUUAAUCACAUACAUUCUUGUCAAUCCAAAGCACGGCCAACAUUGUUAUGCAAAAUUGUCGGGGUGUACAAAGUUAGAUAUCGUAACUCUAUCAAAGGGUCGUCGUUCAACUCAAAUUUAUUGGUCAUGGAAAAUCUGUUCUAUAACAAAAAUAUUUCUCAUAUUUUUGACCUUAAAGGAUCGGUUAGAAACAGAUUAGUUGACCCAAACUCACAAGACGGAGAAAUUGUCUUGUUAGACGAGAAUCUUAUAAAAAUGUCAUGUGAAUCGCCAAUAUACGUUUUUCCACAUUCAAAAAUAAUUUUGAAUCAAGCGAUCAACGAUGACGCAGAGUUUCUCACUAAACAACUCGUAAUGGACUAUUCACUACUAGUCGGACUCGAUGAGGAUUCCGGAGAAUUGGUUUUGGGUAUAAUAGAUUACAUUCGUACGUUUACGUGGGACAAAAGGUUAGAAACUAUGGUUAAGAAAUCGGGACUUCUUGGUGGUCAGGGCAAGUUACCAACUAUAAUAUCUCCGGAAGAGUACAAAAAUCGUUUCGUAGCUGCAAUGAAUUUGUACUUCUUGUCUGUACCAAACCGAUGGACAGGCAUGGCUAAAGGUUUUGAGUAUCAUUUUUAAGCAUUCGUUCUAUUAUCCUAUUUACUGUGAUAUUAUUGAAUGAUUAUUGUUAUUUUUUUUAUGUUAUUUUUUAUUAACAAGUUGAAAAUUUCUUAUUAUUAUUGAAUAUGUAUAUAUAUUUAUCUAUUAUCAUUAAUACGAUAGUAACUGGAACAAUUUUUUAAAUAAAUAACUACUAUUGUUAUAUAGAAAAACUAUAAUUA